CAAAGUUACGCUGGAACUAAACCCUUGUUCAGAAUCCACACAAUACAUACAUUUGGAAGUUCACCGCAACAAUUGCAGCGGACAGAAGUAGAGCGCGGUGGUCAUCACGAUGCCACCAACAGCAUUGAGAGGUUGUAGGGUUUCAAAACUUUUCUGGUUGAAGGCUUCCCAUUCUCUUCCCCAUUUUUAUCAGUAUAUAAUUUCCUGCAAUCGGCCAACAACGCCCCUUUUGGUGAUGCUGCGAUUAAGCUCCUCGUUUAGCUCUAUUGGUGGCAGAGGCGGCGGUAGUCGACCACCACCACCACCACCACCACCACCCCUGAGUGGAGGAGAGGAAGUCUCAUCUUCUUCAAACGAUCAUCGUUUCGAUGGCAAUACCAAUGACCGUCAGCAUAACAACGGCCGUCAGAAUCCACCAUUUCCCAUUCCCAAUAGGCCUCUAAGAGGAGAGAGACCAAUCUAUCAGUCUGAACGGAGUAAAUUUGAUAGUGGUCGGCCCGGGAAGUCAAUCGACAAGAAUACACCCUUUAGAGUAGGAGGAAACAGAACCGCUUCUCAAUCUCAAUCUUCAUCUUCUGGCAGAGCCGAGAGUGUGGGUGACGAUUUUCUUGAUAAAUUCAAGCUGGGGUUUGAUAAAGAAGGGGAAAAGCCCUUACCAGAUGCGACAAAACCCCAAUUCCGCCAGGAAGAAGACGAAGAGAACACGAGUGAUAGAGCAGUCCCUGUGCCGCCGCCGCCACCUCUAACGCCGCCACAGGAUGCAGAUGAGAUCUUUAAGAAAAUGAAGGAGACGGGACUCAUCCCCAAUGCCGUGGCAAUGCUUGACGGCCUCUGCAAGGAUGGGCUGGUCCAAGAAGCCAUGAAGCUUUUUGGUUUGAUGCGCGAGAAAGGUACAAUCCCAGAAGUUGUCAUAUACACCGCCGUGGUUGAAGGGUUCUGCAAGGCCCAGAAAUUUGAGGAUGCCCAGAGGAUUUUCCGUAAAAUGCAGAACAAUGGGAUAUCACCCAAUGCGUUCAGUUAUACCGUCUUGAUUCAGGGACUUUAUAAAGGUAAGAGGUUGGAGGAUGCGCUUGAUUUUUGUGUGGAGAUGCUGGAGGCUGGUCAUUCCCCGAACGUUGCAACUUUUGUGGGUUUGGUUGACGGGUUUUGUAGGGAAAAGGGUUUGGAAGAAGCGCAGAGUACAAUUGGAACAUUGAAGCAGAAAGGGUUCUUUUUUGAUGACAAAGCUGUUAGAGACCACUUGGAAAAGAAAGGGCCAUUCUUGCCGUUGGUUUGGGAGGCAAUAUUUGGGAAGAAAAUACCGCAGAGAUUUUUCUGAGUUUUCCUGUUCUGAGUCAUAAAUUCGUACGCACUCAGAUCAGAAGGGACAAUAGUAAUUGCAGACUUGUUAUGGCAUAGGCUGGUAGAUAUGAAAUUUGGAUGAGCACAGGCAGUAGAUAGCACAGAAGUGGUGAUAAUGCCACCAGUUUGCGCGGUUCUGACUCUGGGAAUCUCUGACAAAGUUCUCAUAAACAGCAAUUGUAGAUUGUCAUGGAUGUACCUUUUUUUUUUUUUUUUUGAUAAGUAUCAUGGAUGUACCUUUUAUCAAGCGUAAACAUCUUCAGUGCCAUUUCUCUUGUCAUCAUUCUGUAAGUGUUGAUGCCAUGUCUUGAGGUGUAUGCUUAGAUUAUGUACUAUAUUUUGAAUUUCUACUUGUACUUGACAUGGUUUGCAUUAUGCUGAAUUUUCUUUGUGAAAAUUUCAAAAUGUUUGAGUUCCAUUGUUCCUUUUUGUUCUACAAAUAUACUGUCCUCAUUUUAAAUAUUAUUACUUUCUUCCUUAUUUUGGUUUUA